AAAAAUUGAAAUUAUUCCUCUCUCUAUAUAUAUUCUCCUUUCUCUCUACACACAUGCAUACCAAAAGACAACAGGACACAACUUGACUAUAAUAUAAAUCAAUUACUACACCGCCUAGUUACGAGUUUUCCGAUUGCAAUCUGCAAAGGGAUUGAAGCCUUGGGAUCCUCCAUUGUUCUUAUUUGAGAUAAAAAGAGAGAGAAAGAGAGAUAGCGAUAGGUGGGGAUUACAAGAAGAAGAAGAAGAAGAAGAAGAAAAGAAGAGAAAAAGUAUGAAGGUGUUGUAGAGUGGUGGUUGUUACAGAGAGUAGCGUCUUGUUUAUUGGGCCGCGCCGCUCGUGUUUGUCGCUCGUGCGUGUGGUUUAUUUCUUCAAUCCCCAAAUCUCGAGGUUGGUUUGUUUGGUUUGGUUUCUGGGUGACACUAGACAACUCUUUUUCUUCUUCCGCCAUUUUCUCUAUUGUCUUCAACAAGGACACUGCCACCUACACUUUGGUUCACUGUACUUGUGCUCCUGUUUUCCCCUUAAUAACUGGAGGGUCGGUGUUCAACUUUCAAUUUUUAUCUCCUUUUUGUGUUUCAUACUCUACACGGAUAUACUACCACUAUUUCUUUUUUUCAAUUUACUUGCUUUCUUUUUUUACUAUCUGCUUUUCGGGAUUAGUUUUUUUAAUAUUAUUUUUCUUUUUUAAGUGAGGGUUUACAACAUGCAAACAACUCUUGUCAUUGGUUGUUUUUUGGGGGUGUUGGUUAGUUCCUCGUACUUGGUCUCUAUUUCUGGUAUUAGCAUUGAGUUUCGUAUAAUUAACCAGAGAAUCUCGCUGCGUUGAUUUUGUGGGGUUUUCAUAUAUUUAAGGUGUGUUGUAGAGACUAGAAAAAAAAAAGUGAAUUUUGUGAGAAAGGGAAAGGUUGGGGGAGUUAUUACUUUUUAUUUUUUAUUUUUUAUGUGGGGCUUUUUUGUGUGAGGAUUAUUACAAGAUAUGCUGAUCUCCGAUGAAAGAGAUAAUGAUGUGUUCUUUGACUCGUUGGAUUGUUUGGCACCUUCUCAAGAUUCUCUUUUGACUAGUAGUCAAGAAUUUGGGUAUGAUAUUUGGUUGAAUGAGCCUCUUAGUGUGAAUGAAAGAAGAGAAAAAUUUCUACAAGAUAUGGGUUUGGUUCAUGUUUCUGUAUCAAAUGGUUGCAUUUUGCCUGCUGAACAAGUUUCUGAGAACUUGGUUGCUUCAGAAAGAGAAGCCAAAGAUGAUAAACAAGAUGCAAGUAUUCCAGGGAAGGUAGAUGAGCUAUCAUGUUCAAAUCAAGAGCUUAUACAUAGAGAAGCUGGGAAUCUAAAUGAAUCUGAAUUUCGUGCUAUUGAUACGGGUAAAAAGAUAAUGAAAAACUGGUGGCAGCAAUUAGUGAACAGCGGGAAAGUAGUGAGAGGGAAAGUAACAUCGAAACUUAAUAACACGAGUGCCAAAAAAUCUCGUCGUAUUAAUGUAAGGCAUAAUAAGAAAAACUGGAUGGAGUUGAGUGCUAUGUAUAUUGGACAAGAGAUUAGAGCACACAAGGGAAUAAUUUGGACUAUGAAAUUUAGUCCCAAUGGUCAGUAUCUAGCUACUGGAGGUGAAGAUGGUGUCGUUCGUAUAUGGCGCGUUUCAUCGCCAAAUGCAUUAAGUAUAUGCUUUGCUGCAGAAGACAGUGUCGUUAACAAAUUGAAAGAUGACAUAUCUUUUUCCGAGAAGAAACAGUUGCGUCGACCCCCUGUUGUUCUUCCUAAUAGGAUUCUCAAAAUUGAUGAAUCCCCGACGCAAGAAUUAUAUGGUCAUUCCAAUGAUGUGAUGGAUUUGGCUUGGUCUGAUUCGAAUGUCCUCCUUUCCUCGUCGAUGGAUAAAACUGUUCGCAUGUGGAAAAUUGGUUGUGAUCGAUGUUUAAGAGUUUUCCAUCAUAAAGAUUAUGUGACUUGCAUUCAAUUCAACCCAGUCAAUGAAAAUUACUUCAUCAGUGGCUCCAUAGAUGGUAAAGUCCGAAUAUGGGGAAUACACGAAAGGCGAGUUGUUGAUUGGGCAGACGUGCACGAUGUCAUAAGUGCUAUAAGUUACCAGCCAGAUGGGAAGGGGUUUGUAGUUGGUUCCCUUUCUGGCACUUGCCGGUUUUAUGUUGCUUCAGGUAAACAUUUCCAGCUCGAGGCGCAUAUUCGUGUCAAUGGAAAGAAGAAAACAUCUGGCAACAAGAUUACUAGCAUUCAGUUUUCCCAGAAAAACCAUCAGAGAGUUAUGAUCACAUCACGAGAUUCUAAAGUUAGAAUAUUGGAAGGCGUUGAACUCGUUCAGACAUAUAAAGGCCUUCCGAUGUCAGGAAGUCAGAUGUCUGGUUCAUUUACAUCAAGUGGAAAACACGUUAUUUCGGUCGGAGAGGAUUCUCGUGUGUAUAUGUGGAACUCCAAUGACUUGGGAAACACUUCUUCCAAGCAGAGAAAAUCUGAGAGUUCUUGCGAGUACUUCCGCUCCAAGGGGGUCACCGUUGCAGUACCUUGGUCAGGCAUGAGAGCGGAAAGAAGAUGCUCUUGCAGCAAUUUAGCUGACUCUUCUUCAUUAAAGCCACACCAAUUAGCGUUUACUCCCGGUUUUAGAGAGUCGGAACGCUUUUCUUUUGGUAGUUGGUUCUCCAUUGAUGGUUCAUGUCGUGGUUCUAUGACAUGGCCCGAAGAGAAUCUUCCUAGUUGGGAUUUACCCAUUGAUGGAAAGCUAUGUCUCAAAGAUCAAUGGUAUCACAAUUGUGUACCAGAAACAUGGGGACUAUCAGUUGUUGCAGCUGGUCUUGAUGGAACCAUUAAGACAUUUCACAACUUUGGAUUGCCCGUUAGGCUUUAGUGUUCAACAAUGUCUCGAACAUGAUUGUUUCCCUUUGAAGGAAUGUGAGGAGAAAAAAAAAGGUAACUCCCUCAAAUUCAAAGCUCUUUGAAUUUUGCCUUGAAUUCAUAAAGGAGUUUCAAUUCAAUUUCAAGGUCUUGGAUUCCCAAUAGACCAAUCCAAAAAAAUGAAGCUUUGAGUUCAACUAGAGCCUAGAAGUAGGAUUUUGCUAAUAGUUAAAUUCAUGUUAGAUGACAAACCUUCUGACAUGCUUUGAGGAUUUGUACAUUUAUUUUAGUUUGCCACUGAUUUAAUUGGCCUGCUUGUAGAGUCAGGCCACUAGAA